AUGGGCUGCAAACACAGUAAGAUUGCAGUUGAAACUAGCAAUAACAAUGUAUCUACAUCAAUAAAUCUUCAAAAUUUACAAACAACUACACCAGUAUCAGUCAUCACUAAUGCAACGACGACAACGUCAGAUACGCAAGUGACAGUAUUUAAUCGUGAAAGGGUCAAUCUUGAAUCACACCAAUUAAUUUGGUUGGAUCAUAAUGUCAGCAGUAAUAACGACAUCAAUACUUCAACUACAUUCGAAGGUUUAGGAAAAAUAGUUGCUUAUACGAAACUGUUCCAUGAUAUUGAAGGAUGUUUGCAAUAUAUUGAACGAACGAAAGACACUGCCACAUUUUUAGUAUGUUCAGGUAAAUUGGGACAGGCUCUUAUUCCUCAAAUUCAUAAUUUAAAAACUAUUUGGCUAACCUACAUUUAUUAUCACAACAAACAAUACCAUCAACAAUGGGCUUCAAAUUAUUCAAAAGUACGUCUAAUUAUGUUAAAAGAAAUAAAACAAGUUUAUGUAACGCUGGAACACUUAUUGAAUGACUUGACACAAGAUGUUGAGGAAUAUUUAAAACAUGUAAAAGAUGGAUUUUUUAGUGAUAUAGGAAGAAAAGAUCAAACAAUAGAAUAUUUCUUCUCCUCUUGGGAGACAUAUUUCUGUAAUUUUCUGGUCCAUUUACCGUAUCCAACAGAAUGUUUUAAACAAUUCAUAAGUAUAAUGAAAAAUUAUUAUGAGGGAAAUACAACACAAGUAGGCAUUUUAAAAGAAUUUGAACACGAUUAUAAACCGGACAGAGCUGUUUGGUGGUAUACAAGAGACACAUUUCUUUAUCGCCUGAUGAAUCGAGCUCUUCGUCAACAUAAUAUUGAAGUCAUGUUUUUAUUUGGUUUUUUUUUACACGAUAUCUAUCGACAGUUGAAAAAAGAACAUGAAAAAUUUAUAUUAACACAUAUAGAAAAUCCAGUGGUUAAAGUAUACCGUGGACAAGUUAUGUCGAACGCUGAAAUUAAAAAGCUCAACCACUCUAGCUUGAUUGUAAACACUAGUUUCUUUUCAACAUCUCUCGAUCGUUCUUCAGCAACAGCCUUUCUAGAUCAAUCGUCACAACAUAAUGAUGAACUUCAAAAUAUUUUAUUUGAAAUUGAAAUUGAUGUUCGUCAACAAUCUCGUCCGUAUGGUAAUAUUUCACAUUUAAGUCAAUUUGAAAAUGAAAACGAAUUAUUAUUUAUGAUUGGAACACAAUUUAGAAACGAUAAUAUUUCUUAUAUUGAAAGUGAAAAAAUUUGGAUAGUUAAACUAAGCUUAAUUUAUACCACUGACAAUAAGGACAAUCAAGAUUUUAAGAAUACAAGCAACAGAAGAAUUUUAAAAAGAUGCGUUAAUACACUAUGUGAUGUCCGUUUUAUGUACAAUGUGUCAGCUGAAGAUGUAAACACAAUUUUUAAUGGAUUGAUGAAUGAUUUAUAUCCAUCAGAAAAAUGGCUAUUAGCUGUUAAAAUGGGCUGUUUAGCAAGAAAGGCACAGCGGAAUUUAUUCGGUUUCACUUCGGCAUUAUCAAAUUACAACGAAGCAAUAAAAAUUUGGACUAAAUUUAUGAACGAUGAUGAAUUGAAUUGUUCAUUUGAUAUUGGUACGAUUCAUGAACAUAUUGGUGGGUGUUACUAUCACAAAAAGAAUAAUUUAGUUAGCGCUAAGGAGCAUUAUGAUCUAGCUAUUAGUUAUUUUCAAUCAGCGAUUGAAAAAGUAGUGAUGGACUAUGAACUAAUGAACAUACAUGAUAAGCUGAGAGAUGUGUAUCUACUUAAAAUGGAGGUUAGUAAUGAUAAGGAAGAAAAAACAGAAAAUGGUUUAAUGGUUAUUAAACACAAAGAACUAUCUAUACAAAAUAUGUUAAAAUGUCCUUCAUCUAAUGAUAUGAAAGCUGCCUCUGACAUGGAAGAUCUAGCUCAUAUUUACCGAUCGAUAUUUAGAUAUGAUGAUUCUUUGAUUAACUAUGCAAAAGCUCUUGAAAUUUAUCUACAACAUUUUGAACCUGAUUUUUUAAAUAUUCGUUUGAUUUGUGAACAAAUAAUCAAAAUCAACAUUGAAUAUAAAUAUGAUUAUCAUUCAGCACUUAGAUAUCAAUUACUCAAACACGAAUAUAUAUUGAAAGACUGUGCACCGAAAUCAACGGAUAAUGAAUAUGACAUUGAUCAUAAGAUAGUACAAACAGUUAAAAGUCAUAAAGAAUUAGCUGAUAUUUAUAUACUAUCACAUCAAUAUGACUUAGCUAAUGAAAAUCUAAUAAUAUCAUUGAAAUUAUAUAAUGAAAGUAAGAGAUCUUUCGUAAUACUGGAAAUUGCAGCUGUUGAAGAAAAAUUAGCCGAUGAUUAUAUAGCAUUAUGUCACUAUGAAUCGGCUACUAAACAUUUAAACAAUGCAAUAAAAUUAUAUAAAGAAUGCGAAUGGUACAAUAAAGACAAGAGAAUUGCAGCGAUUGAAGAAAAAAUUGCUGAUAUUUACACAACAGUACGUCAAUAUGAUUUAGCUUCUGAACAUUUAACGAAGGCAAUGGAAUUAUAUCAAGGAAUUGAUUGGUAUUUUGAUAAAAAGAAAAUUGUCACUAUUCAAGAAAAGAUCGCAACAAUUCAAAAAAACAUUAAAACUGUACAAAGAUCGACGACGCGUAGAACAUAUGUUGAUUUAUAA